CCUGUACAUUGUAUUGGACCUUGGGCUUGGCAUUUUAUAGAGAAACCAGUCUGCCUCAUUUUGAGUCGUGAUUCUAUAAAGAUAUAUCCAACUCCCCCAGAUUCCCCGCAAACCCCAGAUUCCCCGCAAAACCCCAGCUUUUUCUCCAACUCUCUUUCUCUGGCGAAGCUUCUCACUAUACGCUACGCUUCUUUCUUCUUCCCUUAGAACUAUAACACAACAGACUCUCUUCAACAUGCCUCUGGGAAUACUCGAGCCGGGGCAUGGCAGAGAUGUUCGAGGAACUGUUGUCCUAGAUGACCUCGCUGCAAACACCGGCGUUGAUAUCGGGCUCGAUGUCUCAGUCCUCAAGCAUGGUAGUGGAAAAUACUCUCAUAUUAUUCUGAAUCCUCAACCAUCCGAUGAUCCAAACGAUCCCUUGAACUGGGCCCAGACCAAGAAGUACACCACCAUUACUACAAUCCUUCUAGCUGGUAUACUCAGUGCUGCCGUUGCAGGGCCUCUUUUGUCCGCAGGAACAGUCGUAAUCGCUGCAGAUCUCCACGUUCCAAUAUCUGCUAUCUCAUUACUCACGGGGGAAUCGCUGUUAGUUAGCGGAUGCUGGAGUAUUGCCGUUUCCAUCUUGUCUCGUAUCUAUGGCAAACGAUCUCAAUACCUGUUUGCAACAUUAAUGAGCGUCGUUGCAACUAUCAUUUGCAUUGCUAGCUUCUCCUCCGGUAGUUACUCAACACUACGAGCAGGGAGGUUGGUCACUGGACUUGCAGCCUCUGCUUUUGAGUCGAUUGCGUUUGUCACAAUUGUAGAUCUAUUCUUCACUCAUGAGCGUGGAACAUGGAUCUCAGGCGUAAUCAUAGUCCUUACGGGCAUUUCGAACCUGUCACCUCUUAUUGCGGGACAAAUCACCAACAAUCUUGGCUGGCAUUGGAAUCUUUACAUUUAUCUUAUCUUUGCCGUCAUAGUUUUCUUGAUGGUGGUCUUCUUUGCUCCAGAGACAACCUUCAAUUCUCCUCGCAACGCGCAAAUCACUGCGCAGCUCAAUACUGAACAUAACAUGGACGAAAAGAUCAACGCAGCUCAUGAAGAAGUACCCUCUAUAACCCCAUCGACAGCUCCCGUUUACAAGCCAAAGACCUAUCUUCAAUCUCUAGCUCCAUUCAGCGGGACGUAUACAGAGCCAAAACGCGCUUUGGUUAUGCUUGCUCGCCUCAUGCUUGUACUGCUGAAUCCCGCGACUUGGUUCGUUGUGGCAACCCAAUCUAUGAUUACCGCUUUCUGGGUCGCCAUCUCGUUCACUCUCGCUCAGAUCUAUUUCCCACCACCAUACUUGCUAAACCCGUCUGGGGUCGGCUAUCUAUUUGCAGGCCCUUUCGUCGGAGCCAUCCUUGGAUGUGGUAUCAUGUUCUGGCUCGACGACAAAAUCGCCAUGCGGCUCGCACGACGCAAUGGCGGUAUCUACGAGCCUGAAUUUCGCCUUCCUGCUUUCAUGCUUGCUUUGGCCACGGCUCCUCUCGGCUACUUCCUUUUUGGAUGGUCCAUCGGGACUGAGAAAGGCUAUGUCGUAGGUGCAGCUCUUUAUGGCGUAGCUGCUAUUGGCGUCUGCGUGAGCAACGCAGCUGGAAGUUCAUACCUCUCUGACGCGUUCCCUGACAUUGCUACGGAGGUGUUUGUAUGGUCAUCCUUCUCCAAGAACCUGUUGUUCUAUGGCUUCUCGAACUUUAUCAACGACUGGGUCACCACUAGUGGAGCCCAGACUGUGUUUUACACUCUCGGUGGUAUUUCCGCAGCCAUGAUCCUGACCAGUGUCCCAAUGUAUAUCUUUGGAAAGAAGAACCGGGAUAUGUGGAGUCGUUGGGACUUGAUGGCUAAAUACACCCCAAAGUAAACAUCGGGAGCCUUAAAACGGAUGUUCCUGCUGUCAUUCGAGACCUCUCACCGGGUUUAUACUGUUCGGGUCUGCAGUCCUUGAAACACCCGAGCAUGGAAUCUGGUUAAUCUUCAUCCGAGAGAAAUUACUACCUCGCGGUUGUAAUCUUUAGAGUGUGUAUCAUCGUUAGGAAU